AGGCAGAGAGGGUGGCCCAGUUUACCAGCCAGUUGUGGUGGAGAUGGGACGCUGACCUUCCUUGGACAACUCAUGUCGCAGUCUCACAGCAGUCUGCGUGACCUGUACCAGUGCAGCCACCCACAGUUGGAUAGGCUGGUCAGUGUGGCCACCGCGGCUGGUGCUCUUGGCGCUCGGCUUACUGGAGCUGGGUGGGGUGGAUGCAUUGUUGCGCUGACCACAGAAGACAAUGCAGACAAAUUCAUUGCUACUGUCAAGGAGCAGUUCUACGCCAACAACCCCGAUGCUGUAGGCCAGAAUAUUAAAAACCUCAUCUUCGCCACUCAGCCUGGUCAGGGGGUUCAGAUCUACAGCCCUCAUGCUGAUUUCAUUGUUAACUAGUCAGUUAUUGAUAUGAAUCCAGUGCCUUACAGUAAAUAGCUACUUAAUUGUGCCAAAGUAUAGCAAAACGAAUGCACACGUGGCAUAUGCUGUUUGGUCCCGUAUGAGGGUGCAUGUCGGUUGUUAUAAGCUAAUACUGAGAAGUGAUAUAUUGACAGAAGUAUUGUGACAUGUAGUGGAGAUUUUUGAGCUUUGUUAUCCCAAGAGUAUCACUUUACAAAUUUAGUUCUGGACGUUGGCAACACGUUGAUCUAUCUUACUUCUAAUAGUUUGGUGCACUUGUACUCACCAAAUGCACUUGAGUGUGGUCGUUAACUGCACGACAUAUGCCAUGUGCUCGAAAAUAGUUCGAUAUUUUAUCCAACUUAAGCUUAUUGACUAUCAUUUGUCUGUGAGAUAAAAUCGUGAAUUUAUUAUUUUACAAUUUAGUAAACCCAACUUUUACAUAAAAUUUACAUUUUGGCAGUGCUAAACUAAUUUGUUUAUAAGGACGUACCAACAAAUAAACAUUGUUUCAGAAGCAUAAGAAAGUUAGGAAAUAUUGGUUUAUACAGCCAACUUAUUUACAUUCUAAAGUGGAUUGUUGAGUGAAAUUGUACAUUCCUAAUCAAAUGUAUUGGAGACCAGAAUAAAAAUUAUCUGCCUGCAACCUUUAUCCUAGUACAAAGAUGGGUCUGUUAAAGAUGGAGAUAUUGGAUUUUCUGUUAUAGCUUCUGUUAUCUCCAUACUUUUUUAUUCCUUCGGAUGAGUGUUCCAGUCCAUUGGAAUUACUUUUUCAGUUGACAUUGAAAACAUAUUACUCGAAUAUAGGUAAAUAUGGAUCAGUGGUCAGGUUCUUUUUUAUAUUUGCAAAAUGAACAGCUAAGACUAAUUGGUUUACAAUUUUUAUCCUAAGUACACAUAUGAAUCCUGAAAAUAUAAAUUACGACUGUAAUUUUGAGAUGAUUAGAUUAUUGCAAUUAGUCAUGAUUUAAAUCUUCUUGUCUCCUCUUAGCUUGUCAGGUCUUUUGAACAAUAUUAAAAAUAAUGACUUUAUGCUUCAGAAGUUUUAACAUAAUUAUAGAUUUUGACAGCAUUUUCCAAUUCACCAUUGCUUAUUAAUUAUUUUGUAAACUGUACUGCAUUGGCAAUAACAAUUAAUUUGCUAUGCUAAUAAAAAUUGUUUUUUAGAUUUUUCAGUGAAUGUUAGUAAGUUCAACAGGUAUGAUAAUAAAUUAUGGGUAGUACAUAAAUCAAUCCCAUAGACACUCAAAAAUAAUAAUAUUUUGGCACUAUGUGCUAUAUUAUUCUAAACAGGUUCAAAUUUAUUUCAAUCUUUUGAAAGUUUUUUUGUUUUUUUUUUUACACACAGAAUUUAUAGUUCAAAUUUCUCUUUCUUUUGUUUUGCUCCUAAAGAAGUAAACUAACCACAACUUAGAUAAUACUCUGAUAUAAAAAUGGGUUGUAAGUUAGUAUCCUUUUAAAUAUUCAGAAAAACCCAUGUGGGUCGUCUCAUUACACUUCUUGAAUAUUUAUUUUGAUAUUGGUAUUUUGUAAGGAGAUAUAAAUAUUUUCUAUCAAUAAGAUUGUACCUAGGAUAUGUGCUACAUAGUUCAAUGAGUUCAGUGCCAUCUAAAGACAGCGCUAACAUCAUAAGAGUACUCUCUGUUGUAAAAACAUUGUAUAGCUCUCAGUUGCUGUGAAUGUACAAUAUGUAUUUCUCAAUAAAUAACUGAUAAUUUAACUUAAUGGAAUUACAACAUUUUACAGAUUGGUAAAAGUACUUUCCAUCACCAGUUCAGGGAUUAAUGAACUAAUAUGCCUCAUGAAAAUCAAUUUGAUGUUCUUAAAGAUUAAAAUUAUAUAUAUAUAUAUCCUACUUCAACUUUAGUAGGUUUUAGUUCCUCCAUAUUUCUAGUUUCAGUUCCUCUUUAGACUGAAUCUUGAAAUAUAUUUAGUUUUGCAUUGAAUUGUUAUUAAAAUGGAAAAUGGGUGCAAACUUUUUUAAAGUGUUAAAUUAUGUUAGUUUUAAUGAAUUUUUAAACAUAUUACUUAUAUUGAAUAUAAGUUAUAGUUGAUUGAUAGUGAUUAUGAAGUUAUAGUAUUUUCUUUAUCUUAGCAAACUAUAUAAACAUAUGGUUAUUUUUAUUGCUAUUUUACAAUAAUGAAAUGUUAGUUUGUAAAGUUUGUAAUCUGUAAAAAGAAAGUUAUAUAAAAAUAAUAAAAUAAAUUAUAUUUAAAAAAGUA